AUGCUCAGUUCAGCACCUCGGAUAGGGAAGAAACAUGUUCUGCUGUCAGAAAUACUUGCGGUAACCUCCACGAUGCGCAAGAAUUCGAGAUGGGCAGCUGCUGCCCACACGCUUGUUGCCAGGGACUCCGCGUUGGCAAAGGAUCUCGGUCUACGUAGGGGGAGCUUGGUGGUCGAAUCCCAGAGGUCAGGAAGGUUCUCACAGGAAGCCGAUCUCAUGGGUGGGUUCCAAGAGCUGAAACGAGCCAUUCGCGAUAUCGCAGGUCGGGUCUCCCCCUGCCUAGUUCUCCUGGGACCUUUUCUUUCACUUAUUCGCUCGCCUCUAUCCACGGGACCAAUCACGUCCGCUGCCCUCUCCUCCAUCCACAAUUUCUUCGUAUGCGGCUUGAUAUCUUCCGACUCUUUGGGAUUAGAAAGCGCGCUUUCUGAACUGAGCAGCGCUGUCUCACAUUGUAAAUUCGAAGCUAGUGAUUCCUCCGGGGAUGAAGUCGUACUCCUCAAGAUUAUGACGGUAAUCCACGAUUGCAUAUGUGGUAGCAGCGUCGGCCCAAUGCUGGGCGAUGUAGAAAUUUGCGAAAUGCUCGAAACUGUUCUAACCACAUGCUGCCAAAUGAGACUAAGUGAAAUUCUGCGUCGGUCUGCGGAAGCAACCAUGAUAUCCAUCGUCCGAACAAUAUUUUGUCGCCUGUACGACGUAGAUCCUGUCGCAGAAGAAGCUAAACUCCGACUGAACGAGGAAGCUUCGCACCACGGCGAUAUUAGCAUGACUCACGAGGAUUCGAGUGUGUCGGCCGACAAUCUUGCAGCACAGAGCGCCAUCGUUACCGAGGAUACCGUAGCCAUUGCUCCUAGACCAUAUGGUCUCCCAGCUCUCUUGGAACUGUUCCGUGUGCUCGUUCAUAUCCUGGACCCUAAUGAUCAGAUUCACACCGAUUCCAUCCGCUUGACUGCCCUUGGUAUUCUGAAUGCCACGAUAGAAACCUGUGGAACAGUCAUUGGCAAUUACCCAUCGCUCCUGUCUUUGAUCGUUGACCACGGAUGCAAACACCUUUUCCAGCUCGCCCGCUCUGAUAACCCUUCUAUACUACAAGCUGCCUUACGGACGAUUGCCAUACUGUUCGAAACUAUGCGUCCAUAUCUCAAGCUCCAACAAGAAUUAUUCCUAACCUUUACUAUUGACCGCCUGGCCACUCCCCCGCUUCCAAGGUCCAACAUGGCGAAGAGGCUACAAACAGGUUCUUCUCGUCCUAGCACCCCUUCAACACCUGUCCUUGCUCCAGCCAACGUUGAUUCUGACACGGAGAAGGGCAGUCUAACACCACCCCGACCUGUUGUUCAACCUGCUCGAGGGGAAACGCGCGAUUUGAUAUUGGAAACAUUGAGUCAAAUAUCUAGGCAUCCCUGGUUUAUGGUUGACCUCUAUACUAAUUAUGACUGCGAUAUUAAUUGCGACAACCUCUUUGAGCGGCUGGUUGAUUUUUUAACCAAGGGUGUGUAUGCGAUGCAGACUUCUUCGGUGUCAGAAGCACAGCAGCUUCACUCGCAGUUCUUAUGCCUAGAUAUGCUACUUGGCUUCGUCGGAGACAUGGCUGCGCGGGCUGAAGGGGAAUUUGUUUCGCCCGGGGACUUGAUGCAGAGCAAGUCGCGCAAGAAGCUCGUUCUGACUGGGGCUGCGAAGUUCAAUUCCAAGCCAAAGCUUGGAAUUGCAUUUCUUGAAGAAAACGGGCUCAUAGACCUAGAUCUCUCGGAGCCUCGAACUCGAAGUCUGGCAAAGUUCCUUAAGAGUUGCACGCGCCUGGACAAACGCCUCCUCGGCGAUUAUAUUUCGAAACCGGAAAAUGUGGAUCUCCUCAAGGAGUUUAUCGGACUGUUUGAUUUCAAGAAUAAACCUAUUGCCGAUUCGAUGCGUGAAAUGCUCGCAACUUUCAGGCUCCCGGGAGAGUCACAACAGAUUGCGCGCAUAACGGAGACUUUUGCUUCGAUAUAUUUUGCCUCAAACCCACCUGAAAUCAAGAGUGAAGACGCAGUCUACGUGCUGGCGUAUUCUGUCAUCAUGCUUAACACUGACCUCCACAAUCCUCAAGUCCGGAAACGGAUGACCAUAGAAGACUAUCAGCGUAAUCUCAGAGGAGUGAAUGGUGGAGAGAACUUUUCACCGGAAUUCUUGCAAAGUAUAUAUGACUCCAUCCGCAAGCGUGAAAUCAUUAUGCCCGAGGAACACACUGGACAGCUAGGCUUCGAGUAUGCAUGGAAAGAAUUGCUUGUCCGUUCAAGGCAAUCAGGACCGUUCGUGAUGUGCAACACCUCCUUAUUUGACUGUGACAUGUUCAAGGCAAUGUGGAAAUCGGUUAUUUCUGCGAUCGCCCAUGCAUUCAUUAGUUUUGACGAUGAAUACAUCAUCCAACGAGCAAUAUCCGGUUUUCGUCAAUGUGCCACCCUGGCCGGACACUUCAACCUUCCAGACGUAUUCGAUUUCAUCGUCGCGUCUCUUUCUCAAGCAACAGGCCUUCUGACGGUCAAUCUUCCUGCCCAUGUGCCCAAUUACCCGGUAGUCGAUGCCGAAGGGCAGUCAGUGACAAUUUCUUCAUUAUCUGUGCGACUCGGGACGAACUUCAAGGGUCAGCUUGCUGCUGUUGUCUUGUUUAAUAUCGUCAAUGGCAAUGGCAAUGCCUUACGUGAAGGGUGGACUCAGAUUUUCGAAAUGUUCCAAAAUUUAUUCAUGCAUUCUUUGUUACCAAUGAGGAUGUUGCAAAUGGAAGACUUCCUCGGGGGCGUUACAAUGAUCCCCCUACGCGGAAGUCACCCUUCACGGCAGGUGCAAAGGAACGAUGGCGGUUUACUAUCGACACUGUCUUCGUACCUUAUGACGCCUUACGGGUCGAGUUCCGAGAACCUCAUUCCAGAAGCGACGGAUUCAGAGGUGGAGAGUACACUCUGCACGAUCGACUGCAUCAAAUCUUGUCGUCUGGAUGAACUCUAUGCGCAGAUCAUGCAAUUAGAUGCGGAGGCGCUUGUUGCCGCCAUCAAAGCCCUUGAGGCACUCGCGCACGAAAGAACGGUAACCAAACUCAAGGAAGAAACAGACGAUGUCUCACUACCAUAUAAUCCGUCCCUUGCGAAUGAGGGUCCAUACGUACUAGCAUAUGAUCCUGCUGCCGUUUUUCUCCUCGAAACCAUGGUAAGCAUAGCUUGUCAGACACCUCAGCACCUAGACGAUCUCUGGCCCAUCAUAUUUGAACAUCUCUCGGCACUGCUAUCAGCAGCUGCUCAUUACAGCGUGCUAUUGAUCGAACGUGCCGUCGUCGCGCUAUUGCGCAUUUGCGUAAUACUUGCACAAAAGGAUGCACUGCGCGACCAAGUGUAUCUCUCAUUGGACCUAAUCGCCCAUCUACCGCCUUCGGUUGCUAACUCCGUCGCUGAGCACGUUACAGCGGGUGUGAACCUCAUACUUCAGCAGGAAGGCAUCGCGAGCACACAAACCGAAUGGAACUUGAUCAGUGCGGCCCUCCGGACGACCAUUUCUCACCCCGAGGCUGCCCGCUCCACCUUUUCACUUGUUGCGAGUAUCGCGUCCGAAGUUCAAGGUCAGAAAGUAACACAGAACAACUUCGCGUGCCUGGUGGCUAUCCUAGAUGACUUUGCAACUGCUGCGGGAGCCUCGAUACGUGCUCAGUUGCAGAAAUCGAGGCGUGCUCUACUUCAGCCUACGACGGAGUCCCCGAUUGUCGAGCGUGGUCGAAAAGCUAUCGACCUGUUGGCUGACCUUAAGAGGUUCAUCGCGCCGUUAUCUGCAGCCGGCAACCUGCCACCCGCAAAUGCGUGGCGACAAUAUUGCCUCCCCUUGCUUUCUUCCCUAGGAAAGCAGUCCACUAACCCCUCACGACUUGUCCGAAACGUUGCCAUCGUUCAACUGCAGCGACUUCUCCUCGGCUCUCAACUUGUCUACGAUGAGACGGAUCAUAGCUACGUGGAGGAAAUAUUCAAUAGCAUCAUCUUUCCUCUCGUCGACGACCUUCUGAAACCCCAGGUAUACCAUCUGGAUCCAUCCGGCAUAUCGGAAACACGCCUUCGAGCGUCCACAUUGUUAUGCAAGGCGUUCAUGCAUUUCGAGGUGCGGGAUAGGCAUAGGAAAGUGGAUGUCAGAGUGAUAUGGAUCGAGAUCCUGGACUUGCUCGACAGUUUGAUCAGUGUAGAGAAGAGUGAACAGCUGUAUGAGGCGGUCUCCGAAUCGCUCAAAAACGCAGUUCUGGUGAUGAACGCAGCCGGCAUCUUGGUGCCACCUUCAGAACAUUGCGACGAGCAACAUCGGACGUUCUGGUCGGCGACGCGUGACAGACUGGAACGCUUUCUACCUGGCUUUUUGGCAGAAGUCAUUCCUGCACCAGAGGCUGCCGAGCCCGUGGCUACAACUGCUACAACUGGAACGUAG